AUUUCCCAAGUCGCACCUGUGUUUUCGAACCAAAACAAAGAUGGCGGACACCGGCUAACACGAGAGGGCCGCAACUUGGAAUUUUUUUUUUUUUUUUUACAUCUUUUUAAGUGUUUAGUGGACACACUUUUUAUUUUAAUGACUGCAACUAACACGUCCGUUUGAGAGCCGGGGAUGUUCAGAUCCGGAACACCCUCAACUUGCCGGUACAUGUCCAGCUGUGGUGGUCCAGGGGUUUAAGGAGGUGCAGCGGGCUGAUGCUCUCCUCCGUCUCCCUCCGCAGAGCUGAGCCAUGGAGGGAGGAGAGCUGCGGGCUGGGCGCAUGCAGAGCUUCUCUAAGCUGCCUGUGUGGAUCAUAGAGCAUGUCUGGACUCACAAGCUGAUGGAUAUACAACAAGUUUUGGACCCGUCCAGCUGGCCAGAUGUGGACUCCCAGCCUCUGAGUCUGGAAGACUCGUGGAGGCUGCGCGUUGUUUCUGCUCAGGUCUAUUCCAUCGUAAAGAGCAGGGACCUGGAGCACUUUGAGAGGGUGAUGGGGUUUCUGGAAACCAUGUACCGACUUCUACCCAGACUGGUGCCUGCCAUCAAACACAUGAAGAUCAUGUUUGGAAUCAAGACCAUGGUCAUUAUGUGGAUGCUCAAAGAGGGCCGGGGAAUGGUUGACACCGUGUCAAAAAUCGGCCAGUUCUUCCCGAGCAAACUCCCCGAGUACCAAGACCAGUGUAGCCAACGUGAAAUGUUCCUCAUGAGGAAGAACCACCUGGACUUUAGGACCCUGGCACAAACACUUGCUAUGGACAAAGACAAACUUGAACAUUACAUUAAGAAUGAGAUGGAGGAGCAGUAUGGGGAACGGUAUGCUCAGAAAGUCGAGGACAGGCUGCUGCAUUAUCUCCAUGAGCUAGAUGCUGUGUUACAAGGAGAUACCUACAUUGAUAAGAUCCUGAAGAAACAGAGCCCUGUGACUGAAGAGGAGAAGCUACUUUUAGAGGUAAUAAGCUCUGACUCCACCACCAUAGCAGCGACCCUGAAGAAGCUGCUGCACUGCGAUGCUGCUUCCUGUCGUCAGUCGUCGAUAUCUCGGUCGCCUCAACUCUUUAAGUCGGCUCCUUAUGAAAGCUCUUCAAAGGCUCCUCUCAAGUCAGCAGAAAGCCAGACUCCUCCAGAUGUUCAUCCAGAGGAGGCUCCUUGCGACGUGUCCAAAGACGGUGACAGUUUUUCGGACAGGAGCUCAGACGUUAGAGGACAUCAGCAACCAGAGGAGGAAGAUGAGGUGAACAAGAGAGCGGAGGAAGAGGACAGUCAGGGAAGCAGCACAUGUGUUCAGGAGGCGGCCUCCACCCCUCAGUUCUGCUCCAAACACCAGCGAUGGGUGAAGAGCAUCCUGCUGGGAUGCUCGGAAGAGCUUCUCCUUCAGGCCAACGUUUCUUCAUCUCCCCUGCUCUUCCCGUCGUCAUCUUCUACCUCUUCAUCACAGGACCUCACGCCAUCUGACCUCAUCCCCUGUCCGCCCGAUCAGCCACCUUUGCAGACCCCCAGCCCUCCUCGCGCAGCAGUCCAAGCAUCCAGAACAGCAAAACCCAAAUACAGGCGCAGCUCCGGGUCACUCGGAUCCUCAGGCGACACCUCACAAGCACAAAUUCUGCCUCAGGCCUCGUCUGCUCGGGGCUCUCCACUGCCUGCUCUGCUGUCACCGGUGGUCCGACUGGUGAACAUCGGCUCCUUCGAGACAAGCUGUAAACACCAGCACGCAUCACCAAAGCAGCUUCUUCUGGCAGCUUCUUCCGGUUCGGAGAUGCUAAGUUCUCCACACCAUCACACCUCAGGAAACGUAAAAGACAAAAACAGUUCAUCUACCUCUGCCAGGUGUCAAACCCCGACUGAACGGAGAAAGCUCAGACGGGUCUGCAGUACCAACAGACACAAAGAGGAUUUGGAGGCAUUCAUUCAAAACCCCCAGCAGCUUGUUCAGGACCCAAGUGCCUCUCAGGUGGGUGUUCCAGCCACAGCCAGUGACAUCAGUGUCUCUGGACCUCCUCAGAAAGGUGCUCAGUCAGAGAGUUUGUUCUCAGCCUAUGCUGCCAAUCAAAUCACACCAUCUUCCAAGUCAUCUAAAAAAGUCGUCCCUCGGAGCUCUCUUCGCCAUCGUCAGCCACAAAAUAACAGCAGACCUCGAUCAGAAACCGCCCAACGUUCCUCACGCUCCUCCUCUGCUGCAGGCAGGUCCAAAACCAGCCGAGGACUCAGAGCUCAGCUGAGGCUAUCGCUGCCCAGUCAGGGUGUGCUGCUGCACUCCAAGCUGCUACAACCCUACGUGAGUCUUACCAGGUUGAGCUCUGAGCAGUGUCACCUAUCGACCCAAAGGACGGCCUCAGCUGGGCAGGAAGAGCUCGUGGAGCAAGACAGCGACAGUGAGGAAAGGAGGAAGGAAGAGGAGGAAGACUUAGACUCUUCCUUCGAUGUGAACGCUCUUUUCUCCACCGAUUCCUCAAGCAGUGACGGAGAGGAGUCACCUGACCGUGACCCUGAUUAUAGACCUCACAUCAAAAAGAAAAGACUUCUGUUGGAGUAUGAAAAUGCAAGGGUGCUCAGUCACGGUGACGGCAGUUGAACUAAUUUAUCCUACUCGAGUACUCGAGGAUUAAAUCAAGUUUUUAGAGUAUUUUUAGAUGCCGCGUGAAGAUACAGCCAUCAGUGCUCUCUAAUGAUCUGUCUGUUCUUGUGAGCUAACAUGGUUCCUCUACGCUAACUGAAUGUAGAUGUGCAAAACACAGAACAUAGAAUUGUUUUAAAUAGAUUUGUCUCCCUAUUAAAAUCUGUAGAAGGUAGCACUCAAACACGUUUAACUGAAAGGAAAAAAAGCUUCUUGUAAACGUUUGUAUGGUGCAGCGUAUUGUAGCAGGUGUGUAUCGAGUGUUCUGGUUUAUGAUAAUAGGUCUCUGAUUAUAUAAGUGAGAAUAAAUAACCCAGAGGGGAUCGUUGUAUUUUC